AUGAAAUCUUCAUCGCAUCGGCUAGGAGAUCUCUCCAAGAAGCUUUGUCGGCAGCUUGAGGAAUCAGCCCUCUUGGCCCUCAGCAUCGCCAGAUCCCCUAUGCUCUACCUUGACCGUGGCUGGGCGGGCUCUCGUACAUAUUUCUUUUCCAUCAGUUUCAUCUCCCUUAUACUGUCCAAAUGCUUCCAUAUCUGCGUCCAUCUCACAUCAUUAGAGGUUCCAUCUCUCGUCCCCUGGGGCCCCACAUUCUUCCUGGUGGAUAUCUUACUCAUUCUGGUCGCGUGCCUCCUUACCCGAUCGUUCGAAUGGCGGAUCUAUCGGAACGUAGCCGCUGUGGUCAUUGUAUUAUUCAGUCUAUAUGUCUCGUCGAUGACCUCCGCCAACAUCUCCUAUUAUGUCCAUAAGGGCGUGGAGAUCCACUGGCGGAAAUUGAAGAGGUCUCAUUCUGACAAUCCCGCUGCCCAGACUAUUAUCUCCGCUUUAACUGUCGCUAUCCUCGUCGACGCGUUGAUUAUGGUCAGUGCGUACUUCGCUACACCGUGCCUUUUCCAGGCUACCAACACAUUCCUGGAGAUUUGGGGUUCGCUUAUGCUCUCCCCUCUCCGCCGAUGUUGUCGACAAAAGGCUCUGUCCGAUCGAGAGACCUAUGAGCAGAUUGCAAUUUAUGACUAUGACGAGGGUCACAACGACAUCGACUCCGUAUCGCAGGGGGAUACGCCCCAGGAACCACCCGAACCGAAGAGCAGACCGUUAUUGAAGCGUAUUAUCGUCAUAUCGUGCGGUUCAAUUAUAAUAUUUCUCAGCUGCAUUCGUCCAUAUGGCACGAACUACAGUUAUCUCUCUGAGUCCCUGCCUCUCGCGCCGUUCAGUGUCCUUGACUAUCGGCCCACCCAUGUAAGUGCCACGUCGGCAAAUGCAAGUGCCGCUCCUCAAAGUGCCGCUCCUCAAAGUGCCGCUCCUCAAAGUGCCCCAGAAGAGACCACCAAUGAAAAUGUCAAUCAAGGUGCCGCGUCGUUGCAGGGCAAUUUUAGCUGGCUGGACGGCCAAACCGCUCUGGACCACUUUCCGACAUUUGACUGGCUACCUCCAUUUAAUUCGUCAGGUAGCUUUCCGGAUUGGUCUCCUUUUCACAUAAAUAAGCACAACAAGUCUGACUAUGUGUAUGAACACUACAACCCGAUGAAAGAUCCUCUACACAUGGCAAACCUCCAGAACGAAAUUUUGGAGCCUAUACGUGAAGUUCUCCAUAACGGAAGUGUGAGGAUUAAGCAUGUCAUUCUAAUCAAGUUGGAGAGCACGCGGCAGGACGUGUGGCCGUUUCGCUCCAGCUCUUAUAUCAUGAAGCACAUCAAGGACUCUUACCCGGGCGGCCGUAUCCCCGAAGAGGUCGAGGAUAGACUUUCUAAGCUCACCCCUACCGCCGAACGUUUAACCGGAUUUGAGACCGGGUUCAAUAAAGACAAGGAUCACCCAAAGCCCUACGGCGGCAUCAGUGCGAGCAACGCUUACACGUCCGGGACCUACACCCUGAAAAGUAUUACGGGCACUGUGUGCGGCGUGAAUCCUAUGGCUGUCGAGGCCAACCUCGAGUACCUGCACGAUAUUUACCAGCCAUGCUUACCACACAUACUCGAAGCAUUGAACCAACAGCCAAACACCACCAGUCAGAAAGAUGAUUGGACCUCCUGGCCGUGGCACACUAUGUGGAUGCAGUCCCACUCCGACGCCUGGGACAAGCAUUUUAUGCUUCAUCCCGCUCUGGGAUACAAGGAUAUUAUGGCAAAGAGAACAAUCGAUGCAGCUGGUGGUUUAUACAUCCCGGAGGAGACAGAAGAGGAGGAGGAACAUGGCCAUGAGGAUAAGGUACUGAAGAAUUAUCUCCGGGAUGUCGUUGCCGAUGCCAAGAAAAACAACACUCGCCUCUUUCUAAGCCAUCUAACCCACAAUACACAUACUCCCUAUUACAAGCCUGGUGAUUAUAAGGAGAUGAUGGGAGAUUUGUCGACUGAACGGAACCAGAGGUUAAACCGGUACCUAAAUACUAUAGCCUACCAGGAUGAGUGGGUGGCCGACAUCCUGGAGGUUCUCAAUGACGCUGGGAUUGCCGAUGAGACUCUUCUUGUUAUGGCUGGUGACCACGGACUAUCACUCCCAAAUGACGGUGGUAUAACGGCUUGGCAUUCCCCCCAUGUCGGCAAUUUCCAUGUGCCCUUAUUCUUCUCGCAUCCCAAGCUGCCCCAGAUCCAAGUCAAUAGUGCUGUCCUUUCCACCCAAAUCCUCCCUACUAUCCUCGAUCUUCUUGUCGAAACCUCAUCCGUUGACGAACAGUCGAACAAGAUCAUCAAGGACCUGCUCCCUAUGUACGAGGGCCAGUCGAUGCUGCGUCCGCUCAUCCCCGAGCACAACGGCAAGCAAGAAUGGCAUUUCUCCACGAUGAACCCUGGGGGAACGUGGUUUUGCAUGCGAGCGGCCGCACAGCCGUACCGUUUGGUCGUGCCUCUCAAACCCGACGGUACGUGGCGAUUCACCGAUGUCGUCGCCGACCCAUUCGAGCUCAGACCUGAGGAAGACCAUCAAGUUGUGUUUUUGAUCGAUGCUGUGCAGAAGCGGCACGGGCCCGAGGCCGCGAAGUGGCUCAACGAGGCGGCCCAUGUGGCCAAUUGGUGGGUUUCGGAGAACCAUCGCCGCUGGAAAUAUGAUCCCGAGAACCCGGAGAACUCUUGA